AUGGCAGAGACGGCGGCAGCUCCAGCCCCAAAGGCAAAAAAGACGAAGGCACCCAAGAAACAUGCUUCACACCCGAAAUACUCGGAUAUGAUUAAGGCAGCCGUCCAUGCAGACAAAAGCCGUGGAGGAGCGUCCAGACAAUCUGUCCAGAAGUACAUCAAAAGCCACUACAAGGUGGGGGACAAUGCCGAUUCUCAGAUUAAGCUGUCCCUGAAGAGGAUGGUGAGUGAAGGGGUCCUGCGCCACACCAAAGGCAUCGGCGCGUCAGGCUCCUUCAAACUGGCUAAAGCAGAGGACACCAAAAAGGCACCUAAAGUUAAAGCCGUUGUGAAAGCAAAGAAGUCGCCUGUGAAAGCUGCCAAGCCCAAGAAGGUAGCAAAGCCCAAGAAGGUGGCCAAAUCACCAGCAAAAGCCAAGAAAGCAAAAGUGGCAGUGAAGAAAGUGAAAAAGUCCCCGAAGAAAGCGGCACCAAAGCCUAAGAAAGUAGCAAAGAAAACCAUGGUGGCCAAGCCUGCCAAGGCAACGAAACCCAAGAAGGCCAAAGCUGCGAAACCCAAACCCAAGGCCGCAGCCAAGAAAGCCGCAAAGAAGAAGUAA